AUCUUGAGUUUUGACACAGAUUCCAUAACUUCAAGUAUCGUAGAAAAAGAGAUACAGCUGUGUGGAAGGGGAUUUCCCGCAUUUUCCCAUACUUCAAGAACUUGCAUGCAUUGUCGAAGUUUCAGUUCAACAAUUGAAGAUGAUUACGACGUGCAGCCAAUCUACUACGCCUAAUACUAAGCACCACACAAAGACCAGACAAUGUUCCAGGCAUCCAAGAAAGCCCAACAGAAGUACAUCCCUGGGCUGACUACACGGCCUGAUGACCAGCCAUUGCCGCCUGGGGCUAGUCAAGAUGUGACUGUGAAAGAGAUCCCCUCAGAACUGAUUGAAAACUUUAAGAAUGGUACCAAACAGCCUGUCAUGGCAAUUCAUGAAUAUUGUGCCUUAAAACGAUGGCAGCUUUCUUUCCGAGAGGUAGCAUCAGACAUACAGUCAUAUGGGACACAGUUUGCCUUGACCUGCUCGGUAAACGGGAAGGAAUACCCACAGGGAUCAGGGAGGACUAAAAAGGAUGCCAAGUCUAAUGCCGCUAAGAUAGCGCUGUCAAUCAUACUGGAUGUCUAUGAUGAGGUUGUUGAGGACUCUGAUGAUGAAACUGUGAUGUAUGACUCCAUGGGGAGGAAGCUCUGUACUAGUACAGGUAUGACACAAUAUGAAUCAGCUGCCAAAAAAAGUAUCAUGAGGCACCUAAACAUGGAGCAGCAUUUAGGAGGUCAACCCCAGGAACAGAAUCCUGUCUCAGCCUUACAACAGUACUGUGCGCAGCAUAGCAUGCCAUUUGAAAUAGAGGUCGGUGAUGAACCAGGGCCAAUGGGGUACGAAGCAUUUGUGUUAAUUAAUGACGAUAUCAUAGGAGAAGGAACUGGUAGCAAUAAGAAAGAGAGCAAACGUUUGGCCUGCCAGAGUGCCCUAGACCAUCUCACACAGCAGGACGAGAUGAGAAAGGCAACAGAGGUAGUGAUGACAGAAGAGGACAAGAUAGCUCAGAUAUGUGGCCUUAAACUUGACAGUAUGUUUAAAGAGGUGCCCCUGCUGUCACAGUGUAAGACGUCACUUGCAGCCUUCAUCAUCAAAAGAGGUGAUGGAAAUGGUGAGGUGGUUGCUGUAGGAACAGGUAACUCCUGUAUAGCAAAGAAGUUUUUAACAUUGGAUGGCCGGUGUUUGAUUGACAGCUAUGCUCUAGCUAUGGCCCGAAGGGCAUUACGAAAAUAUUUCUUCAAGGAGAUGAAGAGUUAUUAUGAAGGCAGCAAGGUUUUAUCAAUAUUUGAACAAAUAUCAGAGAAAUCGUGUAUGUUAAAAAUGAAGGACUACAUAAGUUUACAUCUUUACCUGAGUGAACCCCCGUGUGGAGACUACGGAUACUACACUGAAGUGGAGCCAACACCUAGUCCACAGUUGACUACAGAACAGAAAGAAAUGGUUGGAAAAGGAGCUCACUUUCCAGCUUUCAGUGAAGACCUUCCUGGCUGGCUGUGUAUCAAGAAUAAUCUCCAGGAAGUGAACCCAGUGGAGGAGGAGGAUACUGGACUUCAGACAUUGGCUGACCUUGAGACAGAAGAACUUUCUGUGAUGUCCUGUAGUGACAAACUCCUACUGUGGAACGUUGUUGGCAUCCAGGGGGCCCUCUACUCGUGUUUCCUACAGCCAGUAUACAUCAAGUCUAUCAUCGUUGAACGUCAUUUUGACCACGGCCACUUCUGUCGGGCAGUUUGUUGUCGUGUGUACGACGUUCUUCAGGAGUCCUUGCCUCCACCAUACCACAUGAACCACCCCACACUGACAACCACCUCCUUACCCUCCCCUGAUAUGGGAGUCCAUGCCACUCCUCUGUGUAUGAACUGGUCCCAGGGUGACGAGAAAGUUGAGGUCAUUGAUGGCAACACCGGCCGAGCAUCUGACAUUUCCCCACACAAGGCUGGAGCCAAUGGUGCGAGUCGCCUGUGUAAAGCUGCGUUUUUACACAGAUAUAAGGAGCUGGCUAAAGUCACACAACAGUAUCAGCUGCUAAAGGUUCCCUCUGUCGCAGUGGCAAAAAACACUGCCAAAAACUACCAGGCUGCCAAACAGGCAUUCUUCACUCAUUGUGCUCAGAUAGGUAUAGGCAAUUGGGUUAGAAAACCUGCGGAGGUGAAUAAAUUUUGAAAGUGAGAGGAAUCAAACAAGAAAUACAUGUAUCAUCAAGUGUGUGAACUAUUUAGUGUGUGAGAGGCUACUGAAUGGAACUGUCAGAGACAAAUGUCUCUCUGACUUCUUUGUUCUUUGUGAUAGAAUAAGUGAUUGAUUGAAUCAGGGACAAACAUAGAUGGAUUAGGGACUCACUAGUUUGGAGACUGACAUCUCGGUGCUUUUGUAUUUGUGCACUGACCCGAGAAGGUAUGACUAUAUCACUACUACUAUAUAUACAAGCAGUCAUUUAAAAUUGGAAAACAAAUUGUAUAAUUUUAUGAAAGGUCUGCUAAUUGAUGUAAAAUUAAGUUUUGCCUUUUUCAAAUUCGUUUGCUAUUAAACUUCAUGAUCACAAGCAAUGUAAAUGUAUUCAGGUUUUAAUUGAUUCAAUAUUUGAUGCAAAAUUAUAAUAAGUUUAUAACAAAAAUAUGUUUCAAAAACGUAAUCGAUGCACGUGGAAUUUAUUAAACUUUACCAAUCCAACAAUGAAAAAGAUUGGACAGGUUUUUUUUUGAGAAAAAUGGUUCACAAUAAGGUACUAUAUUUCAGUAAUAUUUGUUAUUUACUAUGAACAAUAAGAGACCAAUACGUAAAAUCAGUGAUUCUUAUGCAAAAUUUCAUCAAUUCACUCAAUCAUUUGCUAGAAAAACUCAAUCAGUGCACGUGGGGUUUAUUCAGCUUUUUACAGAUUCAAAACUUAUAACGAUUGGAAGAGAAUUUUUGGAGAAAUGUGCUUCACAUUAGGGUAGUGUAUUUAACUCAAUGUCAUCACGCCACGCCAUUACUAACAGAUAGAGACAGUUUCCAAUCCCUGUAUGUAUGUCCCUGAUUGAAUGUAUUGGAGGGGGGAGGGGGGGGGGUUCCCCUCAUGUCAAUGACCUACCAUUUCAUUCUUUUAAUUUGGUUUCUGUUUCUAUAUGAUUGGUCGAUGAUAGUGCUACAACUCACAACUUACAGGUAAUGGAUGGUUGACAUGUACUAGAUAUCAAAGUGUGACUUGUAAUACAAUAAUAUAUAUGGUAGAAUCUACAGAGGUAGUGUGCCCUGGUACACAAUGAUAUACAAAUGUACAUGUAUAUGGUAGAUUCUACAGAGGGGGUGUGUCCUGGUACACAAUAGUAUAUUAUAUAUGGUAGAUUCAACAGAGGUAGUGUGCCCUGGUACAGAAUGAUAUAUUAUAUAUGGUAGAUUCUACAGAGGUAGUGUGCCCUGGUACAGAAUAAUAUAUUAUAUAUGGUAGACUACAGAGGUGGUGUGUCCUGGUACACAAUGAUAUAUUAUAUAUGGUAGACUACAGAGGGGAUGUGUCCUGGUACACAAUAAUAUAUUAUAUAUGGUAGAUUCUACAGAGGGGGUGUGUCCUGGUACACAAUGAUAUAUUAUAUAUGGUAGAUUCUACAGAGGGGGUGUGUCCUGGUACACAGUGAUAUAUUAUAUAUGGUAGACUACAGAGGGGGUGUGUCCUGGUACACAAUGAUAUAUUAUAUAUGGUAGAUUCUACAGAGGGGGUGUGUCCUGGUACACAAUGAUAUAUUAUAUAUGGUAGAUUCUACAGAGGGGGUGUGUCCUGGUACACAAUAAUAUAUUAUAUAUGGUAGAUUCUACAGAGGGAGUGUGCCCUGGUACACAAUAAUAUAUUAUAUAUGGUAGAUUCUACUGAGGGGGGUGUGCCCUGGUCAUUCAAGUACCAGGAUAUAAAACAACCCAACUUUAAACAUUGUUGAAGGGAUAGCAACAAAUGUAUAAACUAUUGAAGCAAUAGAAACAAAGUUAUACAAUGUGGAAGGGAUAAAAGCAAAUGUUUACACUAUUGAAGGAAUAGAAACAAAGUUAAACAAUGUUGAAGAAAUAGAAACAAAGUUGAACACUGUUGAAGGAAUAGAAACAAAGUUGAACACUGUUGAAGGAAUAUAAACAAAGUUUUACCUAGUUGAAGCAGAAACACAAUUUUAUAGUACUGAUUAGAUAUCACUUGUUACUGUUGACUUCAUUGAUGUUAUAUCUUCAGUUUUUACGCGAUUGUACUGAUAAAAAAACUUAAAAUAUAACUUAAAAUAUACUUUCCUUUCCAUUCAAAAUUUUAUAUUUGUAUUGAAACAUUUAUUUUAAUUAGAAAAUAUAUUCAAAAAGGUACCAGAUAGUUAUCUAUAAUGAUAGUAAAGCCCUUACUUUUUAUUUGUCUCUUAUAAUCUGACAGGUGUAUUAACAUAGAUGGUAGUACUUUUUAUUUGUCUCUUAAAAUCUGACAGGUGUAUUAACAUAGAUGGUAGUAUUACAUGUAUGUGGGCUGAUCAUGACUGAAAACUUUUAUUUCAAAUGAUCUCUUAGAAACCUGGUAGACUUCAUUAUCAUGUUGUGGAGCUGUGUUUUCCUACAAUAUGUCUCCGUGUCCUUUUGGCAACAGGCUGGUGUUUAUUGUAUCUGGUGGUACUUUUGUUGAUUUUGAAGUAAACAAUGCUGAGUAUAAUUUAUAGUGAUUAAUGAAGAUUAUAGAUACUCCUAGUUACAUCCUCAUUAAUUCAGGGGUUCCAUCCACUUUCACUCUCUACACCCCUGUAAUAUAUUUCAUGGCAAAAUUAAAGACUUAGUCACGGCUGCCAUGUGGAUAAAAUAAAAUUACUGAUUCGAUUCUUUGAUGUUUUCCAUACGAAAUUUGGGUUGCCAUACUGUUAAACUGACUGACUUUUAAUUUGGUUGUCACUCCUCUGUAACAAUCAAAAGAUACACACCAGCGUAGUGGUGCGACACCAAUCAAAUAGCUAGGCGUGUGCCUUCGAUUUUGACGUUACAUAUUCCAGGGGUGCAUAGAGUGAAAGUGAACGUAAUCCCAGGACUUCAUUGUAUCAAUGAUGACAAACCUGUAGUCAUAGCCAGACUAAAACCAGUCGCCAUGGUGACUUUUAUGCAGAAAAUUCCCAUUGAACAACUGCAUUUAUUUUCACGUAUGUCCACUUGGUCACUGACAUAUCUUAACCUUGGACUCUUCGUAGGAAUAAACUGUUCCUAAUUUCUUUCAUUGUUUAAUUUUGUGUCCGGUACAUCUGUUGGUAUGUAAGGUGUUCUGUACCAGAUAUAGGUCACUGUUAACUAUGUUUCCCUACAGUAAUAUGGCUGUUUUUAUUGGUGUAUUGAAGGAGGUUUCAUUGCUUGACCUCUCUCUGAAAUACUGAGUCUUUCAUGUCUAGAUUAAAACCAUGCACCUUGCCCACUAUGUUGUUUUAAUUUGACAAUAAUCCAAUACUUACUGUGCAAGUUCAUGCUAUAGAACAUAAUGAUUUUAUGCAAUGUGUUGUACAUGCGUUUUUUAAAACAUCAAUAAAAUUAUUUUUUCAAAUUUG